AUGUGGAAGCACGGUCUGUGUGGCUGCUUUGACAACUUCGGCAUCUGCAUCAUCACCUACUUCGUGCCGUGCUACACCUUCGGCAAGAACGCCGAGGCUGUGGGCGAGUCGUGUUGUCUGUGCGGCCUCCUCUACUUCGUGCCCGUCGUCAACAUCGCCGCCCUGCUGUCGGUGCGAGGCAAGGUCCGCGACAACUCCGGCAUCCCGGGCGACUGCUGCUCCGACCUCCUCACCAUCCUCUUCUGUCACUUCUGUGCCCUCGUACAGGAGGCGCAAGAAGUCGAGACACCCAGCGAGCGGAUUGUCAUCAUCAGACAGUAA